UUUUUUUUGGAUAUUAAUUAAUUAAUUUUUUUUUGUUGACCAUCAAAUAUGAAUCUCUUGAUUAUUGUCUCAAUUAUUUGUAUCAUUUUAUGUCAAUCACAUAACUGUGAUACGACAACAAAGUUAACACAGAAACCAAAGAAAUCAGUUAAUCAAUUAACGACAAACAGUGAAUCAAAUUCAAACAAAUCUAAGGCUAAUACCGAUAAUGAAACGCAAAGUGGAUCAGUGCCUGACUUUCAAUAUAAAGCAUCCGAAAGAAAAAAGCCAUGGAUUUCAUUAAUUGUCUUAUAUAUCAUAGACUUUGGGCUUAUAUUGGCGGCAAUUGUGGCUAAAAAAGUUAUCGCAAACUAUUAUCCCUCAAAAACUAAGAAAGAAAAUAUUGAACAAAGACGUUACGUACAAAUGCCGAAAAAAAGGGAACCAUCGAUCACUUUGAUGCUAAACAACGAAUCCGUUCGGACAGACAGUUCCAGCGAAAGUAUUGAUGUAGAAGUGAUGGACAACAAGAAACAAAAAGUCGACAAAAAGACAACAAAACAGAAACCCAACGAUAAAACCGCUCACAAACCCAGUAAUACUAAGAAAAAAUAA